CGGCGGCGGGCCGAGCAUGGCGAGCGGCGGAUCGGCCUGAAGGAGGGCGUCCUCCCCCGCACCCGGAAUGAGAUGUUAAUCCUGGGGCACUGAUGUUUUACAAUGCCUGAUCAAGACAAAAAGGUGAAGACCACAGAGAAAUCAGCAGAUAAGAAACAACAAGGAAUCACCACUAGGGACUAUUCAGAUCUUAAAAGACUUCAGUGCCUGCUCAACGUUCAAUCAAGCAAACAACAGCUCCCAGCCAUCCAUUUUGACAGUGCCCAAGAGAGCAUGACGAAAUCGGAACACGCCAUCAAGGCUGGUGGACACCGAGGUCGCGGUCCAUGGCAAGAGUCAACCGAGGCUGUUGAGCUGGAAAACUUUAGUGUAAACUAUAAGAAUGAAAGAAAUUUUAGCAAACAUCCACAACAUAAACUGUUUCAAGAGAUCUUUACGGCAUUGGUGAAGAACAGACUUAUAUGCAGAGAGUGGGUUAAUCGAGCCCCAUCAAUUCAUUUUCUGAGAGUGUUAAUCUGCCUGAGAUUACUCAUGAGGGAUCCGUGUUAUCAGGAAAUUCUCCAUAACUUGGGGGGAUUGAAAAACCUAGCCCAGUACAUGGAGAUUGUGGCAGAUGGGUACCUUGGAUAUGGAGAAGAGCAGCAUCAUGUUGACAAGCUAGUCAACAUGACAUAUAUCUUUCAGAAACUUUCUGCUGUCAGAGAUCAAAGAGAAUGGGUCAUAGCUAGCGGAGCGCACAAGACGUUAGUAAAUUUAUUAGGAGCCAGAGACACAAAUGUUCUAUUGGGGGCCCUUCUUGCACUUACUAGUUUAGCUGAAAGUCCAGAAUGCAGGGAGAAGAUCAGUGAGCUCACCAUCGUAGAAAACCUGCUGAUGAUAUUACACGAGUACGACUUGCUCUCUAAAAGGCUGACCGCUGAGCUGCUGCGGCUCCUCUGUGCUGAAUCCCAAGUGAAGGAGCAGGUGAAGAUGUACGAGGGCAUUCCCGUCCUCCUCAGCCUGCUCCAUUCUGAUCACCUGAAGCUGCUGUGGAGCGUCGUCUGGAUUCUGGUCCAGGUGUGCGAGGACCCCGAGACCAGCGUGGAGAUCCGCACGUGGGGCGGCAUCAAGCAGCUUCUCCACCUUUUACAAGGAGACAGAAAUUUAGUUUCUGAUCGUUCUUCCAUUGGGAGCUUGUCCAGUGCAAAUGCAGCAGGGAGAAUCCAGCAUCUUCGUUUGUCAGAAGAUUUAAGCCCUCAAGAAAUACAAGAAAACACCUUUUCUCUUCAAUCAGCCUGCUGUGCUGCUCUCACUGAACUGGUGCUCAAUGACACAAACGCUCACCAAGUGGUACAGGAAAAUGGUGUAUAUAUAAUAGCAAAGUUAAUUUUACCAAACAAACAAAAGAAUGCAGCAAAAACUCAUUUAUUGCAGUGUUAUGCUUUUAGAGCCUUGCGGUUUCUCUUCAGUAUGGAAAGGAAUAGACCUCUCUUUAAAAGACUUUUCCCCACUGACUUGUUUGAGAUCUUCAUUGAUAUAGGACAUUAUGUACGUGAUAUCAGUGCUUACGAAGAGCUGGUAUCAAAGUUGAAUUCGCUGAUGGAGGAUGACCUGAAACAGAUCUCGGAAAACAUUGAAAGCAUAAAUCAGAAUAAAGCACCAACGAAAUAUAUAGGCAAUUAUGCCAUUUUAGACCACCUCGGGAGCGGCGCUUUCGGAUGUGUUUAUAAGGUUAGGAAGCGUAGCGGCCAAAAUCUUUUAGCGAUGAAAGAAGUGAACUUACAUAACCCUGCAUUUGGAAAGGACAAGAAAGACCGAGAUAGCAGCGUAAAGAACAUUGUCUCGGAGCUAACGAUAAUUAAGGAGCAGCUUUAUCACCCCAAUGUUGUACGCUAUUAUAAAACUUUCCUAGAAAAUGACAGGUUAUAUAUAGUUAUGGAACUCAUAGAAGGGGCACCUCUUGGAGAACAUUUCAAUUCCUUGAAAGAGAAACAGCACCAUUUUACUGAAGAGAGAAUAUGGAAUAUAUUUAUACAACUGUGCCUGGCUCUUCGUUACUUGCAUAAAGAAAAGAGGAUUGUCCACCGAGACCUCACACCGAACAACAUCAUGUUGGGGGAUAAGGACAAAGUAACUGUUACUGACUUUGGCCUGGCAAAACAAAAGCAAGAAAACAGCAAACUCACAUCGGUUGUUGGAACAAUUCUCUACUCCUGCCCCGAGGUUUUGAAGAGUGAGCCCUAUGGGGAGAAGGCUGACAUCUGGGCUGCGGGCUGCGUCCUUUAUCAGAUGGCGACACUGAAUCCCCCGUUCUACAGCACCAACAUGCUCUCUUUAGCGACGAAAAUAGUCGAGGCAGUAUAUGAACCAGUCCAAGAAGGGAUCUACUCUGAAAAAGUGACAGUUAUCAUCAGCAGAUGCUUAACUCCUGAUGCAGAAGCUAGGCCGGAUGUGGUGGAGGUCAGCUCAAUGAUAUCCGAUGUCAUGAUGAAGUAUUUGGAUGGCUUAUCCACUUCCCAGCUUGCUUUGGAAAAGAAGCUAGAGCGGGAGAGGAGGCGCACACAGAGAUAUUUUAUGGAAGCCAACAGGAAUGCAGUCACUUGUCAUCAUGAGCUGGCUAUCUUAUCUCAUGAAAAUUUUGAGAAGGCCAGUCUGAGCAGUAGCAGCAGCGGUGGGGCCAGCUUGAAAAGCGAGUUUUCUGAAAGUGCCGACCCUCCCCCAGAGAGCUUUCAGCAGCCAUGUGGCCGAGAGGAGGACAGAGCCUGCGACGAACUCUUGUCUGAUGAGAACUACAACUUGGAAAACAUCGAGAAAGAUAUAUAUUCGGAAUUAGAUGACGAGCUGGACGUCUCCGAUAACUCCAGCAUCUCAAGCUCCAGCCCUCUGAAAGAGUCAACGUUUGGCAUCUUAAAACGAAGUUUCAGUGCUUCUGGAGGAGAAAGACAGUCUCAUGGAAGGGAAUACACGGGAGGAAUAGGAUCAAGACCAAGACCAGCUUCCGCGGGGAUCGCUGUGUCCCAGAGAAAAGUGCGGCAGAUCAGUGAUCCCAUUCAGCAAAUCUUGAUUCAGCUGCAUAAAAUUAUCUACAUCACCCAGCUCCCUCCUGCUUUGCACCACAAUUUGAAAAGAAGGGUUAUUGAGAGAUUCAAGAAAUCCCUCUUCAGCCAGCAGAGCAAUCCUUGUAACUUGAAAUCUGAAAUUAAAAAGCUAUCCCAAGGAUCUCCAGAACCAAUCGAACCAAACUUUUUUACAGCAGAUUGUCAUUUAUUGCUGCACUCGUCAGGUGGAAAUGCACUCCCCGCAAAUGACAGGACAGGACUUCCUAGCAGCUUUGAUCUGGAGGAGGGAAUAACCUAUGAACAGAUGCAGACUGUGAUUGAAGAGGUCCUAGAAGAAAGUGGCUAUUACAAUUUUACUUCUAACAGGUAUCAUUCCUAUCCAUGGGGAACGAAGAACUAUCCAACUAAAAGAUGAAAAACCUGUGUUUUGAGUGAACUGGUAUUUUUUUUCCCCAAUGAUGUUAACCUGCCAGGACUUCAGUUAUUACUGUGUGCUGGUCAAAGGGAUCAGCUCUGCCUGAAGGGUAUGGAAGAGAAGAAACCAAUGCUGAAACAAAUCCAGGUCGCCUUUCCAGGUUCUUGAUGCAUGGGGUGUGAGGCCCAUGGCCACUCCAGUCUCUCUGCAGGGUGCUCUGGGUCUGCUACUCAUUCAGGAUUCUGCAAGUGUCAUUUGCUGGGAGGAAGCACUCCUCAGCAAAACUUUCUUCCAUUUUUUUUAAAAAAAGCUUUUCCUAUUUUUUUUAAACAAUGAUUUGAUCCUCAGGAUUGCUGGAACUUUGUUGAAGGACAUGCAGCCUUCCUUGUAUCAAAAAUAGGGAUACAUUUGAAAAAGAAAAAAAAAACAGCUCCAAAUAACAAAUUGGGAGAGUCGCUGUAUCCAGUGGUGAUUUUAAAAGCAGUCUCAAACUGCAAAUUGCAAUUUAAAUGAAAGAAUUGGCUCAAUAUCUACCACCUGGGUGCUAGGAAACUUCAAGCUUGAUACAGUGUAGACAGUAUUGGCAAGCUGUACAGCUUUGGAGAAUAACUGUCAAUUUUUCAAUUUUAGGCCAGAAGAGUAGACUAUAUUCAUGUACAGUGUCCAUAUAUGUGUAUAUAUAAAUAUAUAUGUAUAUACAUAGACAUAUAUAUAGAUAGAUAUUUUAUGUUUACCUAAAAAAUAAAGAGCUAGGCAGAAGAGAUACUUUGCUGUUAAGCAAAUCUUCAGGGCUUAAUGAAAGUUGAAAAGAUAUAUGCUCUGUCUCUGAGAUCCAGUCAUCCUGACUCCAGGGUCUGGCUUGUUGAAGUUUAAACAGUUGUUUAAAAAGAAAAUUAUUGUGUAAUGAAUGAUACGUACUUGUAUCUAAGGUGAACUACUGUAAAAACAAUAACAUAUAUAUAUGCACAUUAUCAUAUGUGUGUAUAUAUAUAUAUAUCACAUUUGUGUAUAUAUUUAUGCACCAGAAUAUCAAAAUGCCAAACAAUGACACAUCCCUGGAUAAAUCUGGCUGUUGACCAUAAGAUAUAAUUCUAAAAUGAUCAUCUUUGAUACAUAUGUGUAUAUAUCCAUAUAGACACUUGUGCACACACAGUGCUUCCUGGAUAACUACAGUGUAUCUUGACAAGGCUUUACAAAACCUUUCCUUGCCAAGUCAGAACUCCUUUACUGAAGGAUACAACAGUGUAUCCUUUUAAUACCCUUUAAAUAUGUGGUAGUAAAGUGGGUCUGAAUAGUGCUUUCAUGUAAGAACCUUUUGCUGACUUUCAAAUACAUAUUUGCAUUUUUCUGCACAAUAAGGAUAGGAUUUGGCUGAUUAUAUAUGGCUAAGCUAAUAUAUCUGUUUAGUUUACUUUUUAUUUUAAAAUGGUCUAAAGAGAAUGACCCAUGUAGUGUGAUAACCCUCUUAUUGUGAUCUGAUAAAUAUUUUAACUAAUUUUUAUAUUUUAAAAAAAGACCUACUUAUUCUCACAAACUUGCACUAAUACCCCUAGUGGGCACCAAUGGGAAUCUUUAUUACCAAAUCAGUUACUACAAGGGCACUGUAAUUUAAAAUAAGAGCUGUAUCUCCAAGGCGAUUGGAAAUGCUUUUUAAAAAAUGUAAUACUAAGGGAAAAAAAGGUUAAGUCAGAGCUUCCAAAGGCUUAUCCCUGCCUGAUCAUGGCAGAGCGGAGUUGAGUGAUCAUGUGAGAAGUCUCCUUUUUAGAUGGUUACAGAAUUCCUUAGGGCAUCUGUUUUCACUCACUAUGGCCUGAUUAUAAGAUUAAAGGAUCAGGUUUGUGGUGGGAGACAAGCGUUUGAAAUGCCUGCAUUGUCAAACUUAUCCAGCUUUUUUUUUCUCUUCCCAUGCUCUGACUUCUUUGGUCCUAGCCUGUCCACACAAGUAAUUUUAUUUUCAUGUCUGUUUUUCACCAAGAAACAGACACAUGAGAAUCUGGAUUGUUUAAGAGGUAUUUACAAAUCUGAAAACAUCAUACUUCUUUUGAUGAGUAUGGAUAGGGAUGAAGAGUGACCCCAGCAAAUCAAUUACCCCUUUACUUCAAUGACUGAGAGUUCAUUGGCCAUCUCCAAAUCUACGGGCAUAAGGAGAGUUCUCCCUCCCUCUGUAAUUUCAAGUAUAAGGUCAAAGGUUUGAUGACCUCAUCUUGCCCACCCACAUCCUUGCCUUCACUCAGUUAUUAAUUACAAAUUAAUUUUUAAGUGGCAAUCUCAGGGUUUCAUUACUUGAUUCUCUCCCAUGUGGCCCCUGGCAGCUACUGAAAGCCCAGACAAAGAUAGAAGCCUAGAACUAGGCUGUUCCAUGCAUUCUGGGCUUGGUGCUCCCCAGGUACCAGUGGAUGACAAGCACAAUCAUCAAAAUGAUCCCCUUUCCAAACCAAUUGGCAAAGCGCAGAAUCAAGUGAUCAGAAUUUAAGAAAGUGACCCUCCCGUUCUAUUUUUCCAGUGCUUUGUUGUUGUUGUUUUGUAGUGUAUGCAUUUGAUAUUAAUGAUCUAGGAGUAAAUAAAUGGCUCUUUUCUUGGAGGCGCAUAAAUGCUGAGACCUUUCCAGUGUCAUUGAGCAUACCAGAAGUUACAAUUUUUCUAAGUGUAAGGGGAGCCAAAAGCAUAAACACCAACAACAAAACCAAUGGAUCCUCUGCCCUGAGAUAGCUUUCUGUCCUUCUUUUCCUAUAUUGUUCUUCUAAGAGAGACAGUUUUCAGCUCACCCAUUAUACUACCAUUGUCAUACAAACGGAUAGUUUUCCUGGGGCAUAAACUACUGGAAGGGAUGGAAGUUAGGUAUCAUAAGAUUUGCAUCCCAAGGGCCUGCAAGAGUUACUCUAGCUUCUCCAAAGACCUCACUGAUUCCCUAACCUAACAACUAGGAGAGGCUGGCUUGUAGUGAAAGUCUAUUAAUUUUGCUUUUGACUCUCUUAAUCAUCUUCCUGUGUGAACAAGUCCUUCUCUGAGCUGGGAAAGUCUCGAUAAUCUUUUAUUGAUUGCAUUUCUCUUUUAUUUUGCCUCUUUCUUCUGUAUAAUUUGUAAUUAUUUGUUGUGCUGUGAAAAUCCCACUUAGUUCAUGUAAUUCAAAGGGACUUAACUUUGUAUGGAUAGAAUACAAAUCAGCCUUUUGGGGAUCACUUUUGAGUCACAAAUGCUUCAGUUAAUUAUGUUUUGAUCCAUCAACUAUGUCUGAAUAUUUGCUCUUGAACCUUAUUUUACUUUUUUUAAGUCCAGAUUUUCCAUUCCCCAUGAAGUGACUGCCACAGUCAGACCUGCUCUUUGGUCAUCAAAAUUGUCAUCUCUCACAUAUGUCCUUUGCAAGCCCCUUUAUGGCUAAACUAUCAUGAGCAAUAAUAACGUGGACCCUGCACCAAAGGUUAAUGGUGAAGUCUUUGGGGACACCUGCGGAAGAAAUGCUCAUGUUGAGUGUGGAAAUUUACAUUCUCACGUGCAAUGAUUUUGAUGUUAAUUGCCAUUCUUUCUUUGUUGGCAAACAGGACCUUCCUCAUCAGACACUUGCUAUGUUACCUCAAACAUUACGAGGAACACUCUUGAUGAGGGGUCAUUGUUGUCCUUAAAGUUCCUGCAUUCAUCUGACUAGAUGAGAUGAAUUUUGAUGCUCCAAUCCAGGAUAUAACCUGGGGUGGUUUUGAACUGUGCCACAAAUAUUCAUCAACAUUUACCAUGAAGAUUUUUCAUGUGUGAUGACCAUGACAUUGCAUGGUGGUUUUUGAUCAGUAUUAUUCAGAUAAAAACCUAUUAUCUCCAAGGCGUGCUUUCUUGAGUGGGAGGGCCGAUGAGAGAGGAAAUAGGUUUUGACAAUACUUUGGUUUUUGUUGGUUUGAUCUUUAGCCUCAGUUCCUCUGGAAAUAACUUUAGCCUUCUUUACAAAGGCAGAAACUCUUCCCUUUUAAGUGCUCUUUGUUGCUUGCGUCUUGCUUUUUGCCAUGAUUAUCUGAAGAGCACAGAACAAAUGCUGUCAAUGCAAAAGUGGUGUGACUAAAGCAACUUCUCAGAGACACCAUGGAAAUUCAACUCUAGGGAAUCCAGAAGCAAAAAAAAGAUAAAUGGUCCCAUCUCUUGGCCUUGGCCUCUUAGAUGAAAACUCCCUCUAAAUAUUCAUCUUUUUAUUUUUGGCUUUGAAGUGUAAUUAUUGGUCAUAUGUACAUAUAUAUGAACAUAAAUGCAUUGUAGACAUGCAGACACCAAGAAGGCAGAAAAGAUGCACACACACACACAUAUUUAUAUAGGAUAUAUGUAUAUGUGCACAUCUGUAUGUAUAUAAUAAAUUUUAUAUGUAGCAUAUACAUAUGUAUCUCCAGAUACCACUUAAAUUGUAUUAAUUAUUCUCUAAUGAAAAAUGUGCAUACUCAAUUCAGAAAUUUUAGCUAGAUUUUGUUUUUCAAGUCCAGCACGUGUAUCCGUUAAUGCUAUUUUUCACUUUAAUAAGAAGAUUCAAAUGUUUCCUGGAAACUUAUAGUUUCCUGUGUCAUUAUAGUUAAAUUACAUAUAGUCAAGAAGACAUUAAUGUUGAUUAUAUAUUUUUGGCUGUGAUGUUGCUUUGAGAUCUAUGAGAAGAAUAAAAAGGACUUUAGUAUUCUGAAUAGAUGACUAAUGAGCACUGGAGAUUUGUUGUGCCAGUGGGUCAAUCCACAAUAAAUAGCUAUUAAGAUUUUUCUUUAAAGCUUGCUCACUCAUAAACACAGCAGUCUCCUUGGCAGCUAUAAUUUUUUAGAGUAGUACCUAUUUUGGUGCUAAAAAUAGACUGCAAUUAACUGCAACAAAAAUUCAAUUUUCAAUAGAAAACUCAACAUCAUUUGCCUAGAAAUAUGAAGCAACUUCCUAUGAAAUAGGGAGGGUUCUUUAUCCUGUAUCCCAAACCAUGUCUGUAGAGAUGGGAUCAGUAGAUUAAAUAGCACAGAAAUGUGACCUGGAGUGGAAUUGUUUCAAAUCUGUUCUUGAAGGGGCACACUAGGUUCUUGAACAAAGCCAUGAAUUUUGCCAUUAAAAAAAAUAGAAAAGUCCCCUUGACUGUCCUUUAAAUGCAUCCUUAAACACAUAGAUAAAUGGUUGAGUUUGAUUUCAUUUUCAAAUAUAUGGACCUGCCCAUAAAGAAUUACCUUUGGUUUUUGCAAAGAUGUGCAAAACCGUUUCCGUAAACUACAUAGGGAUUUGUGCCAGAUAUUUGAGAACGGCGAGAAGCCAUCUGUGAAAAUAAUUUAAAGGCCCCACAUCUUAAAGUCAAAUUGUGAUGCUAACUCAUAAAAUAAUAUUCUUAAGUCAUGAAUAGUCCAUCAUUUCAAGUGCCUCUCACAGAACUCUUCUUGAUGACGUGACUCUCCAUUGAAUAAAACAAAAUCAAAGGCCCCUGACCUCCAUGACUUCCCCCUUACUUCAGUCUUUUUUUGAGUGUUGGGGGUAGUCGUUAGCGAUGUGUCACUUUAAGAAGGAAUGCAGGCAGUAUUUUUAUAAGCUCUGAAGAAUUCAUCCUUGUGUAAAGUGAAGUAAAGAAGUAAUCUGUUUCAAGCCAGUGAUGCCCCAAAGAUGUAUGAUCCCCCCCAAAGUGAUAACUCCAUCUUUAAGAAUGGAAAGGCAAGCUCUAAGGGGAAGGCUGACUUGUGGAGGUUCCUCCAGUCACUGGUGGCUACUUUGCUGUUCUCUGUGGCAAAGGGAAGGGAUGCUCUGGGGUUUCUAGCAGUACACUUUUUCCCCUGCUCCUGAGAAUCCUAGGGUAAGCCCUACAGUAGAAGAGGUGUAGCCUGGCCACUGUUGGACAUUCCAUUAGAGACCACGUUCAUUGUUGCCAGGGUUGCCUGCGGAGAGAGCCCCAGAGUGGCAGAAGGCUCUUCAUCCUUCUCUGGAGGCAAGUGCAGACCAUGCCUCUCUUUAUCCCCACCCCUCCACUGCCCCAACACACACAUGCACCUUUUUGCUCUUGUUUUCUGGAAUACCCUAGGUGAAGCCAAUGGCUCCCAGAGGAGGCAUAUUUGCCAUUAAGCCAUCAUUUUCUUGUAAAUAAGGGCCAUUCUCCUUCCUCCAGCACGGAGCUGGGACCACUAUAUCCUGUAGUGCAAACUUAGGAGGGAAUGUCUUGUUUUUUUUUUCAGGUAAGUCCAGGUAAUUUUGAAGAAUCAUGCAUUCAGGCAGAUUGAAAAGAAACAAGCAGGGGUUGUCUUGGUUAUUUUCAGUAAGGCCAUUGAUAAGCUGCUGAAAGAUUCCAUCAUUUACUUUCUCCAAACCAACAAGCACCAAUUUAAGAAACCCUUUCAGUACAUUUUGUCCACUGGCAUCCGGCAGAUCAGAACUGAAUUAUCAUGCUUCCUGUAGUCUGUUGUUCCCAAUGGCAAUUCGUGAGGUUCACACAGAAGAGAGUUGUCUUUUGAAAAGAGGCAGAACUCAUAAUCUCACAUGGCUCAACCACAUCGCUCUUCUGGAUGGUCACGGUCCAGAAAUGUGCAGGGACAAAAGACUCUGGCUGGGGAAUGUUAAUGAAUGCUGUAUUAUCUCCUUUCUUGUCACCUUAGACAAUGACACUCUUCUCCCUCCCCCCAGUAGUCUGGCUCACAGAGGUCUGGGGGGGGGUCGGGGAGGAGAGGGUGGCCUGGUUUUAUCAUCAGUGGAAAUGUUUUUACAGUCAUGUCUGUGGGGGAUAAUGGACGUGAGAGUGGCAAUCAGGUUUCCUGGGCACCCUUAAGACAUUCUGAAGACACCCAAGCCCUUCCUGUGUGAACUCACCAACAUGCUGGCAAGCUGUUAGUGAUCCUAGCAUCAAGAUAGAGCUUGGGUGAGAUUAGGACAAAGAAAUGCUCCUGUGAAAUCUUUGUGAAAAAUGUGAGCAAACUUUAUUUUUGCUAUUGAUUAAACAUGUUAUGUCAAAUGUGGAUGGAAAUAAAACUUUAUUUUCAAUCA